UUCUCUCCAAUCUAGAAUUCCAUGAUUGUAAGAUAGAAAAUUCCUUGAAUAAAAUAUUUAUAGAAUCGUGGAUCCGUGUAGCUUACGAUUUAUAAACUAAAUAAUACAAUUAAGCAAAGAAAAUGUCAGUUUCAACUAAUAUGAAUCUCAAUAGUCUAGAUACAACAUUUCUAUGAAAUUUGUACACUUUUUCAACUGAGGGCUGAUUAUCUGAACCUCUUGAAAAGCAGCUAAUAGUUAAAGUUGUUAGUUAACUAAUAGUUAAAUCUUGUCUUUGUUUUUCCUUCAAAGACAAAACUUAGACAUUUAAUUGAACUAUUAGUUAUCAAGCUUAUCAAGAGAUUGGGAAAACCUUAAUAAAUUGCGAGCCGAUUAUUUCAUAUCGGUCCCGUUUCACUUAUUAGCGUUUACACGCGUCACCUGAAACCGAAUGUGCAUUAGAUAAUGGGACGAGUAAUAUGAAAUAAUUUUCAGAGUUGGAAAGAGUUCGGCCGGAAGAAGUUUUCUAAAUCUGACGUUUCGACCAUCAACUCAUGAAAUCUUUCAUCUUUCAGGAACCCACGAGCGGACUUGACUCGCAUUCGGCGCAGGCAUUGAUCUCGCGGUUGAAGAGAUUUGCCGAGCAGGAGAGUAAAAGUAUCGUGGUGACCGUACACCAACCUAGUUCCAGGAUGUUCCACAGUUUUAGUAAGCUUCUCUUGCUGAGCAACGGUCAGGUGGCGUACUAUGGAUCGACGGCGAAUGUCACCAGAUUCUUCUCUGCGAUAGGACUUACUCUACUGCCGCAUUACAACCCCGCGGAUUUCAUUCUGGAACAAAUAAAGGGGCCAGAGGAGGUUCGAGAUCGCAUCGUUGCCGCAGCGAGAGCUGCAAGACAGGGACCUGACUGCCCACCGGAACUUCGUCUGGAGUAUAAUCCCAGCCAACAUCCGCUCUGCGACCAUCUCAUCCAUUAUCACGAGCACCACAUCAGCCACAACGUGAAGGAAGACGAAGGCCGCACGCUAUGGUUGGACACACAAAGCCACGCCAGCAGCAGCGCGAGUUCUGCCGAUGACGACUAUUCCUGGCAGUGGCCCACCAGUUUCUGGUCGCAGUUCAAAGUAUUAACGGCAAGAAAUUUUAAAGAGGCACGGCCACGAAUGUUGUCGCGCCUUCACUGGCUGCAAACGGUGGCUCUCGGGCUUUUAACUGGGCUUUUAUGGCUGGGUCUUCCCAGAACUGAGGCAGCCAUUCACGAUAUCCAGGGGUGGAUGUUCUUCAGCAACACGUACUGGAUGCUUUUUGCACAUUUUGGAGCGCUCACUAGCUUUCCCCCGGAGCGCGAGGUGAUCAACAAGGAACGCAUGUCAGGAUCCUAUCGGCUCUCGGCCUACUACCUGGCGAAGAUGGUGGGCGAGCUGCCGCUGACAAUGGCGCUGCCCGCAGUCUACCAUAUUAUUAGUUACCCGAUGUUGGGCUUCCAUAAUAUAGCGGUCUUCGUCAUGUUGCUCCUAUUCUUGCUACUCAACACGGUGGUCGCGCAGAGUGUCGGAUUCUUCGUGGGCGCUUGCUGCGAAGAUCUGCAGGUGGGCAUCACCGUGUCUGCGCUCUAUACACUCUCGACGCAGCUCCUAGGCGGUUAUUUGGCGACGUCGGUCCCACCGUGGCUCGCGUGGGCCAGAUAUAUCAGCAUGAUGCAUUACGCCUAUCAGAAUAUGCAGAUUCUGGAGUUCGGCUCCGGCGAACCGAUCGCAUGCUCGCAGCCGAGUAAAUUCGCCGAGUGCAGAAACGGCACGACGAUACCCGCUCUCGCGAUUUGGGAUAAUCAAGGCGGGGUCAAAGGCUCCGCUCUACCAAUGUGGGCGAACACGGCGGUGUUACUGGCGUUCCUAAUCGUUUUCCGGACCCUGGGCUACCUCGUCCUGCGUUAUUACCGUGUACCAAAAUAAGCGUGUUGGGAGGCACGCAAGUAGCCCGCAAAUUCUCGGCACGACUUUUCGCGGAUCUUCAGUUUUUGUUACUACAUAGAGUAUUAUAGCAACCGUCGUCGCGCUGUGUCGCGUGUCUCGCCUUUUGUCGGGGAAUGAAAAACGGCCGUGCGUUACAACGUCGUCUCCCUCCCCCCCGGGUAGAAUUUUCUCCCGACGAGCUGUCGAACGUCUGUAAAGUUUUUCUAUCUGGCUCGAAAACACGGGGGAGCGGCGUGAACGGUUAUCACGCGCGAACACGAGCGUUUUCACUUUUCCCGGCGGCAUGUAUCGAGCAAUGCGACAUUAAAUGCGAGACUGCAACAGACUUGGCGAGAACUCUAUAUAUACGUACAAACGUACAUAUUGUGUAUUUAUAUAUGUGUGUAUGUGUGUACGCAUAUAUAAGUAUAUAUAGUAAAUGUUGAGAAUAUCUUUACACACAUAAAGAGCGCGAAUGCGUGUAAUUCGAAAGAGAGAUGUGCCAGCGCGUGUUCAUGAAUGUCGAUAGCGUGAACGAACACGGGACAUCGUUGUUUUCUCGUUGUUUGCGGCAAGAAGGGUAUAAUAGUAGAACAAAUUGACGCGGUGUCGCCGAAACAGACUGAAAAUUUGUACGAUGGCGAUGAACCUUUAUACAUACAUAGAGAGAUAUACAUAUAUAUUAACAUACAUAUGCGCGUACACGCGGACGGUAGGUUUUAGAUUCUUAAACUUAUUUGUAAGUGACCUAUCACGUCUUAUCUCUUUUUUUUUUACUUUUAUUACCGCCACAAUUGCUAAUGUUUGUUGAUACUGGUAAGGAGUACUGCUACUGUUUCUAUCAUUACUUACUAUCUUUUUACUAUCGAGAUGCUGUAAUUAAGACAUAGAUGAAACAUUAUGCUGCUAAUUCUAAAGUUGACAGGGUGGAGGAAAUAAGUAUAUACAUUGUUCCACCGACAAGAUGCUAUUGAACACUAUCGACUGACAAUGAGUAAAUUUUCGCAAUUGUCAACGGAGACUCGCGGAGAUCCGGGAGCGAUAGAAAAGUCUCAGCAUUCAUGUGAACAAUUAGCUUAUAAUGUAGUAUUAAAUCUAUAAUUUAUCAUUAUACAGAUAUAUAAUUUAUUUUUAUAAUUUAUUAUUAUACAGACGCCUAUCUACGGCAAUAUCAUCACAUAUGUCGUGCAUUUUUUCAAUAAUUGUCACUUGUACCUAUAAUGAAAUAUACAAUGGGCGAUAACAAAGCGUAGUUUUAAAUAACAAUCAAUUAUUGACUCGAUGUACGUUCAUUUCUACGAAAUAUCAAAAUAAUAAUAACACACAAAAUUGAUAUUAUAUUAUAAGCCAAAUUUUGACAAUUACGCAAAUUUCCAAAAGACUCGGUUUUUAACCCUUUUGGUAUGAAGGACGGCGGCUGUGGUCCAUUCGUCGCGAAACGUUCGUUGGAUACUUUGAAGAAUACAUAAAAAUAUUCUUACGUUGUUAAAAGUGCGCGAAGUCUCCCCUGGCGCGCGUUCAACAACUCCGUGAUAUUACACAUUUUAUCGUGCUCGACAAGCGAGAAAAAAAGCGCUUUUCGACCGGACUCUGCCGUGCCGAGAGGGUUGAUAGCAUCUUGUUCGCGACGGUACGCGAUAAACGCGCGUUUGCGACUCGCGCGACGCGUACACCUUCGAAAAGUUUGCGCCACGAUUCGGGACGAGCGUGGCGGCGAUGAAGAAGGACUUUCUACGUCGAUUAUAAAAUUUGUUGAUUUCUCCGACAUGUCUCCGUGAUAUUACUCGUUACGAGAGUGGGGGGAUCCGAAAUUAACGAGCGGUGUAAUAUUUCAUUGUUUACUCUUUGUACAUAGAGGAUGCAUGUGCGUGUAUUUGAGAGAGAGAGAAAGGGGAAGCGAGGAAGAUAUUGCUUAUGUAUGUAUAGAUGAAAUAAACAUUUCAUUGUAAUAUACAUACAUACCCGCGGACACACUUAUACAUAUAUAAUGAU